GUAGAUCUCGAGUUCGACAAUAUCUUAACCCUACUGCUACUCCAUUAACUUCUGAAGCAAUUGAAAAAAUAAGGGAUGCUCAUGCAAAACAGAUACCAAAUAGAAAACACAUUAUGUGUGAUAUUUAUAAUAUUGGUAGUGAAAGAUAUGAUGAUAUUGUAAAUAGCAGGAUAUAUCCUCAACUACCUGAAAUAGAAAUAACAUCUAUGAAUUCAUCUAUCUCAAUACUUCAACCAAAAAUCUUGCUUAUACAUAGCUUAUCAAGUGCCAAAAAUCCUGAGCAAAAUGAGGAACUUCCUAGUUCUAAUAUUGAUAAAACAAACUCUGAUGUAGAAUUAUCUAAAGGUGAAGAUCGAUCAGAAUCAAAAACUAUAAAUCAUUCUAUCUCAUCAAUAUCAGAGAGUGAUGUGCAAGCUAAAAUGAAAAAUUUACGAGAAUAUAAAAAACAGCUUCAAGCUGAAUCUUGA